ACAUUUAUUUGCUAUCCUAACUCCUUUUAUUGGUCGUCCACAAAACCAUCAUCGAUUGUUGACCAACAACUUGCCUGAGCAACCCUAAAACACUACUCCCCCGACAGUCGUUAUAAAAACACAUGAUAAAAUUGUCAUGUUUAGUAAUUAUUUUCAUCCGUGAAGCAAAUGCAGCACUAGACUUAAGCUGAUUAAUGGCGCCUUUCUAUUAGAAUUUGCAACGGUUGUCCUUGGUGUAGUGUGUGUUCUUCACUUGUUCAGAAACCAAACCAUUCAUUGUAUUGAACACUCCACAAGUGAUGCUGUUCCAAAAUGCUGUCAUGUUCCCUCCACAAACCCACCACCACCCCUCUUCUUCUUCUCCUCCGUAAAUCCUUCCAUCUCUCUCCUCCCCUCCUCCGAGAAGAAACCACCAACCCACCGGAGCCUCAACUCCUCGACCGUAUCUCCCGCCUCCUCAUCCUCGACCGCCCCCACGCCCUCCGCCGCCUCACCUUUCAUUUCUCCGACCACCUCACCGACGCCCUCCUCCUCCGUCUCCGCCUCCACCCCUCCGCCGCACUCUCCUUCUUCCGCCUCGCCUCUGACCACCCCCACUACCGCCCCAACCCCCGCUCAUACUCCCUCCUUCUCCACAUCCUCGCCCGCGCCAAAAUGUUCCCUCAAACCACCUCCCUCCUCCGUGACCUCCUCUCCCUCCACUGCACCAACAACUUCCGCGCCUACGCGGUCCUUAACGAUGUCUUCUCCGCCUACAAUGAACUCGGUUUUGCCCCGGUUGUAUUGGACAUGCUACUCAAGGCCUUUGCGGAGAAAGGGCUGACCAAGCAUGCACUCCGCGUGUUCGAUGAAAUGGGAAAGUUGGGUCGAGCCCCGAGCUUGAGGUCCUGCAAUUGCUUGUUGGCUAAGUUGGUUGGCAAGGGUGAAGCGAGGACCGCUGUCAUGGUUUAUGAGCAGAUUUUGAGGAUUGGGAUUGAGCCUGAUGUUUAUAUGUUUAGCAUUGUUGUGAACGCGCAUUGUCGGGUUGGGAGGGUGGAUACUGCUGAGGGGGUUUUGGAGGAGAUGGUGAAGAUGGGGUUGGAGCCUAAUGUUGUGACUUACAAUGCGCUGAUCAAUGGGUAUGUUUGCAAAGGGGAUGUGGAGGGAGCUCAGAGGGUGUUGGGUUUGAUGUCUGAAAGAGGGGUUUCGAGGAAUGUGGUUACUUGCACCUUGUUGAUGAGGGGUUACUGCAAGCAGGGCAGGGUGGAUGAGGCUGAGAGGUUGCUUCUUGGCGUGGUGGGAGAUGGGUCGCUGGUUAUGGAUGACCAUGUUUAUGGUGUGCUGGUGGAUGGCUAUUGUAAGAUAGGGAGAAUGGAUGAUGCUGUUAGGAUUCAAGAUGACAUGUUGAGGGCGGGAUUGAAGAUGAAUAUGGUUAUUUGUAACUCGUUGGUUAAUGGGUAUUGUAAGAAUGGUCAGGUUUCCAAAGCUGAGCAAGUCUUUAGGGGAAUGAGGGAUUGGAAUUUAAGGCCAGAUUGUUAUGGCUAUAACACACUGUUGGAUGGAUACUGCAGAGAAGGGCAAAUGAGCAAGGCUUUUAUACUUUGUGAGGAGAUGAUAAGGGAAGGAAUUCAACCAUCGGUUGUGACCUAUAAUACUGUUCUCAAGGGGUUAGUUCAGGCCGGCUCGUAUGGUGAUGCUUUGCGCAUUUGGCAUUUAAUGGUGGAUGGAGGCGUGGCUCCAAAUGAGGUCAGCUAUUGUACUCUACUUGAUUGCCUUUUCAAGAUGGGAGAUUCUGAAAGGGCAGGGAUGCUCUGGAAAGAAAUUUUAGGCAAGGGAUUUACUAAGAGCACAAUUGCAUACAAUACGAUGAUCAGUGGGUUGUGUAAGGUGGGGAAAGUGGUGGAAGCAGAGGCUGUUUUUGAAAGGAUGAGAGAACUUGGAUGCUCAUCCAACGAAAUAACGUAUAGGACUUUGAGUGAUGGAUAUUGUAAAAUUGGCAAUCUUCAUGAAGCUUUUAGAAUUAAAGAUGUGAUGGAAAGACAAGCGAUUUCUCCUUCCAUUGAAAUGUACAAUUCCCUUAUUAAUGGACUUUUUAAGUUUAGGAAGUCAAAAGAUGUCCCUGAUCUCCUUGUUGAGAUGAAAACUAGAGGAUUAUCUCCAAAUGUUGUUACCUAUGGAACCCUUAUUUCUGGUUGGUGUGAUGAAGAGAAGCUAGACAAAGCUUGUAAUUUAUAUUUUGAGAUGAUUGGAAAAGGGUUCACUCCCAAUUCGGUGGUCUGUAGCAAAAUUGUUAGCCGCCUUUAUAAGGAUGCUAGAAUCAAUGAAGCAACUGUCAUCCUAGACAAGAUGGUGGAUUUUGAUCUUCUUACAGUUCAUAAAUGUUCUGAUAAGCUUGUGAAAAAUGAUAUUAUAAGUCUAGAAGCUCAGAAGAUUGCUGAUUCUCUUGAUAAAAGUGCUAUGUGUAAUUCUCUUCCCAGUAAUAUUCUGUACAACAUAGCUAUAGCUGGACUUUGCAAGUCUGGGAAGGUUGACGAAGCUAGAAGUUUUCUGUCAGUUUUGUUGUCUAGAGGAUUUCUUCCUGAUAAUUUCACAUAUUGUACCUUAAUUCAUGCCUGCUCAGUUGCUGGCAACAUAGAUGGUUCUUUCAACUUAAGGGAUGAGAUGGUGGAGAGAGGUCUUAUUCCGAAUAUUACUACAUAUAAUGCAUUAAUAAAUGGUUUGUGCAAAUUAGGAAAUAUGGAUCGAGCACAGAGACUUUUCGACAAACUUCAUCAAAAGGGCUUGGUUCCUAAUGUUGUUACCUAUAAUAUACUAAUCAGUGGUUUCUGUAGAAUUGGUGAUCUUGAUAAAGCCUCUGAAUUGAGAGACAAGAUGAAAGCAGAAGGGAUUUCUUCAAAUCACAAACUGCCUUGAUCAGUGGUCAUUUGGGAAGACACUUUGAGGUUUUGGAUUAAGUUACUAUGGCAGAUUUUAACUAAAUUCUGCAUGAUACAUGCCGAGUGCAAAGUUGAACAGUUGGCUCAAGACUCAAUUACAGCACAACUGCAUCCAUGUUCUGAUGCAUCAAUCAUUUCUUCAUGUGAAUGAUUUGUAGGUAGGUAAUGGCCACAUGCUCCUGCUGUUCAUCCACAAGCACCAUAUUGAAAGUUCUAGGGUUCACUCUCUUUGUUAAUGAAACUGGAUGUGCUUCAUAAUUGUUUUUGUUCAAGUGAUCAAGGAAAGUGCAUGGAGUUUUUCUCCUGAUGGAAUGAGGGGAACUGUGAAGUGUUCAUUACAGAUUUCAACGGUUUGGAGGCAUGUAUGGAUAGGUUUACUGAUGAUGUUGUCUGAUGUCCACUUAAAAUGUUGGAAGUUUUGAGCACUGGGAAACAAAACAAGUUAUAAGGCAGGAUGUUGAAGAAACUAGACGGCGUCUGUCAAGCUAUGGUAGGAGGCCGAGAUGAUUUCGUUCAUCUGAAAGGUAAUAAGACAUUGUUUCUAGAUGUAGCACUGUAUGGGUAUAUACAUUUCCCACCAUGUUGGGAGAGAGAAUUGCUAUGUCAUGACCAGCGUAACUGUGGUUUAUAUAGUACCCUUCAGGCCUUUGCAAUAUCUGGAUGCUGAAGACUUUCUGCAUUGAGAAUUCUACCUUGAAUUACUUCAUGGAGAAGUGCUGCAUAUGCAUAAAAGAAAUAGGUAAAGUUUUGUCAGAAUUCAGCUAAAUUUAUGGGUGGGGUUUUUAUAAGAUGAAAUAAUAGGGACUACUCAUCCAUCAAAGAGUCAAUAAGCAAUUUCAAUUCAUUUUGUCAAAAGCCUGACCAAGAAUUCUGGCUACAGAGCUUUUUAAUUAUAUUCAUUGUUAUUUCCAUCACCAGGGGUUAGCUGACCUAGGCCCUACCCUUCCGGUCAUGAAUUUUUUUUACAUGACUUGGAUUGACAUUGUAAAUUAUCAUUGCAGUUAGUGGUUUUCCCUGACCUUAGAGUGGGAGAGCUUCCCUCACCUAAAUAAUCUUUUUCUAUUGCCAAAAAAUAUUCCUUGUCAUAGUUUUGAUGCACAUAGUUUGGCCUGCAACUAUUAGAAUUUGAGGCUAAACUAUUUAUAUAUAAUAGAUUUGCCUAUGGAAUGAUUUUUUUUCUUCAAUGAAAUGAAGUUUCAUUUUUA